UAUAUUAGGUUUAUUUCAUUUUGUUUUUAAUUAAAAUAAAAUUUCACAUUUUUCUUAUUAUUUCUUACCAUAAUUUUUCUUAAAAUAAAAAUUCUGUUGUAAUGCCUAUGAGUUUAUGUCUAUCUUUCAGCAUGAUAUUAAUGUCAAGGGAAAGUUUCUCUUUGAUUCGUUAUCUCAGGAAAAGUACAAAGAACAUUUUAUUUGAAAAAAAAUGCUCACUAAGUGGUUCACUUAGGACCUUCUCAACUAGGCAUCACUUCUCAACUAGACAUAAAAUUUAUCAGAAAAAAAGGCUUUGGCGAAGAAGCUGGAAAUAUAUCACUUUUGGUCUUGUGGCAGUUGCCCCCCCUUUAUAUUAUGGGACAUUGAAUUCACAUGAGAAAAGACAAAUUAAGAUCCUUAUUUCUGGAAUUUUACGUUUUUUAAGAUCUCUGAAAGUUGGAAUGACAAUAUCAUUAGAUUAUUGGUUCAGAUUGUUUGGACUAAAUGAGGAUUCUAAAGAAUAUGGUAUGGCUUUACAAGGAUGCCACCAACGAUCUGCUGAAAGACUCUUGCAUGGUUGUUUACUUAAUGGGGGACUCUAUGUUAAGUUAGGACAAGGUCUUGUUUCAUUAAACCAUAUUUUGCCUCGGCAGUAUGUUGAUGUUCUAUCUGCUCUUCAUGACAAAGCCCUCACUCGAACUGAAAAAGAGAAGACUCGUUUUGAAAUUUUUGGUAGGCUACCAGAAGAAAUGUUUACUAAAUUUGAAAGGAAACCCAUAGCAGCUGCAAGUUUAGCUCAGGUAUAUAAAGCAACUACUGAAAAAGGUGAAAAAGUUGCUGUGAAGGCACAGUACAUUGAUCUUCAAGAUAGAUUUCAUGGUGAUGUUAAAACAAUCUAUAUUCUUCUGAAGAUAAUUGGUUGGAUGCAUCCUAGUUUCAAUUUCACUUGGGUAAUGGAUGUAAGUAUACCUCUAAGCUUAAUUUAA